AGUGCCUCGGUGCCUACAUGGAUCCCUGGGGCUGCCCUGUCCCAUUAGCCCUCUGUGCCCGACACUGAUCUCCUGCCCGACUCCUGCCCAGCUCCUGCCCGACUCCUGUCCGACUCCUGCCCGGGCUCCUACACAGCAUUCCAAGAAUUGGAUCUCUGAGCCGUCUGUGCCGCUAAAGCCGCACCAUGGGAAUCAAAACGGCGCUGCCGCACUACGAGCUGGGCUUCUAUGCCCUCGUGGUGACUUGUGCCUUGGUCUACUCCCUCAAUGGAAUAAUCGAAGCCUCCAGGGAUGGAAUGAAUCGGAAGUCAUUUCGGGAGAACAUAAAGGAGGGCUGGCAUUACUUCGGGAGGAAAAUGGACGUUGCCGACUUCGAAUGGGCCAUGUGGUUCAACACAUUCAGGAACUACAUUAUCUUUGCCCUUUCGGGACACGUCAUCUUUGCCAAGUUCUUUUCGCUAAUGGUUCCUCAGUACAGAUCAUACGUUUACAUGCUGUACGGGAUCCUGACGGUACUGGCGAUCAUGGGAACCAACUACCUGAUGCUCAUCUUGUCCCACUGUUUCUUCCUCUACACCAUUUCGCUGGUUAAAAGCAAGUGGCUGUGCUUUGCUGCAGGCCUCUGUAGCCUGGCCACCUUCAAAAUGGAACCGUUCAACACUUGGCAAAGUGGCUUUGUCACGGGGACGUUUAGCCUCCAAGACAUUCUCUUUUACGGAGGCAGUGGAUUUUCCAUAUUGCGCUGCAUGAGCUUCGCUCUGGAGACCUGCGAGAGGAAACAAGGGUUCUACUCCCCGAUGGAACUUCUCAAAUACAAUUUCUACCUCCCUUUCUUUUUCUUUGGCCCUAUUAUGACUUUUGACCAGUUUCACGUGCAGGUGAACACAAGAGUCCUGACUCGGAGGGAGAAUGAGAUGUGGAACAUCCGAGUCAAUGCUCUGACGCAGAUCCUAGUCAUUCUAUUGGUGGACGUGUUCUUCCAUUACCUGUACAUCCUGACCAUCCCCUCGGACCUGAAGUUUACCAACCGCCUUUCUGACUGGUCACUGGCGGGCUUGGCCUACUCCAACUUGGUGUACGACUGGGUGAAAGCCGCCGUGAUGUUCGGAGUUAUAAACACCAUCUCCAGGCUGGACCACCUCGACCCCCCACAGCCGCCCAAGUGUAUCACCAUGCUUUAUGUCUUCGCGGAAACGCACUUCGACCGUGGGAUCAAUGACUGGCUCUGCAAAUACGUCUAUGACUACAUCGGGGAAGGCCACGAUAACAUAAAGAGGGAGUUAAUAGCCACCGUGGCUACUUUCCUCGUCACUACUUUAUGGCUCGGCCCGUGUGAAAUCGUUUAUAUCUGGUCCGUCUGCAACUGCUUCGGCCUGAACUUUGAACUCUGGGUGCAGAAAUUCUUCCAGCUGGGACCCUUUGCAAGAUUUGAGGCCAUGUUGCCAGAGUCCAUGUCCAGGAGAAUCAGAGGGGUUUUCGGUGCAGCCAACUUCUGGGCAAUUAUUUUCUAUAACAUAUUGGCCCUAAACAGCCUGGACUUUGCUCUGCUGGUAGCCAAGAGGCUUCUAAUUACAGGUUUCCCAGAAAGCACCCUGUCCAUCUGGCUUGUUACGUACUGCGGGGUGCAGCUGAUAAAGGAGCGAGAGCGGCUAAUGGCCAUCGAGCAAGAGAGGCUUGAGAAGCAGAAAGUCGCCUAGUCGCCGCGUUUGUUCGUAGAAACCAAUGAAACGCAAAAGAGCAGCGUCCUCUGUGCUGGGGAUAUCAGCGCUUAGCUACACGGGAAGCUGAGAGUUGUAGUUCAGCCGGCACCGGAGGGCAGGCAGGUUCCAAACAAUCUGCCACCAGCCCUUACAUUUGUCUGUAUAGGAACCGAUGUGCCACAGGGAAAGUAGCUUUAAUAAAUAUUUUACUAUUAUAAGUA